ACCGAUAUAAUUAUCGAUAAACUGAAAGUGGUGUCACAUACUCUGGUUAAUGAAACAGCAACUGCCGAUAAACAGUGCUGCCAGACCAUUUAAAGAAAAAGAAACCAGGAUGAGUGGACAAGAAAAGGCCUUCGAGUUGCAGCGACAGGUGCGUCAGAAUGCGCGGGAGUACCAGAACUCUGUGAAAGAGCUGUAUUCGUGGGAGCAGGACAUUAAGAGUAAAGAAAAGGAACUUAAGAAUGCGCCGGCGUCUGCCGCCAAUAAGGACAUACCAGUGCGCAGUCAUGGAAAGUCAGACAAGUCACAAAAGGAGGGCUCGAGCAGCUCGGCGGCCAGCACCCCCACGGAAAAGCAAGACUUGCCAUUGGAUCCUGUGGCCCAGCAGCACAAAAAGGCCAACGAUAUAAAGGAUCGCGGAAAUAGUUAUGUAAAGCUGGCGGAAUACGACAGGGCUAUCGAGACCUACUCCGAGGCCAUUAACGUCUAUUCGCAGGAUCCUAUAUAUUACAUAAACAGGGCACUGUGCUAUCUCAAACAGGAGCGCUAUGACCUCUGCGUGGAAGACUGCGAGGCAGCCAUUUCUCUGGACAAGCUCUGCGUUAAAGCAUACUACCGACGGAUGCAGGCCAACGAGUCCUUAGGAAACAACAUGGAGGCCCUUAAGGACUGCACCACUGUGUUGGCCAUCGAGCCCAAAAACAUCGAGGCCAAAAAGAGUCUGGCUCGGAUCAACGAUCGUCUGCGCAAAAAUGCCACCAAAAGCGGUCCAAACUUCACUCCUGAUCGUCCAGGACUGAUCGACAUCUUGCCCUUCGAUAAGCCCGCUUACAAACGUUCCAAAAAGUCAAUGCGACGUGUGCCAAUUGUUGAUGUGGUAUCCCCUCGCGGCACCAACGAUGAAAGCAGCAAACUACGCAUCUCAGAUGAGGACAUAGACAAAAUUUUUAAUAGUAACUGCGGGUCGUUCGAGGAAAUCAAAAAGGCAGAUGUGAAGCAAAUACCAGCAAAGGAGACCCUUUCCAAAGCUGAGCCAAUUGUUAAGGCCUCAGUUAAAGAAAAUAAGCAGAAUCCAGCUAAUGUAACUUCAUUAAUGGAGUCCACUAAAGAAAAAAAGAGUAACUUAGAAAGAAAGACAGAAACUGAGAGGGGGAUAAAACCAAGCUCCUCCCAAAAAGCGGCUGUCGAGACUGCAAAAAUUCAGAGCCCUGACCCCUCACACAAAACUUUCGAAAAACCUGGCACAGAUGUCAAGGCGGCAAAAGUCUUUGCAGGUAAAACUGAAAAGACUGAACCUUUUUCAAAGGACAACGAAAUGACAGUCAAUCAGUCUGAGCGCUCAUUGCCGCCAGCGCCUACCGGCACAGCUCAGUUUCAUGUCACUUGGAAGGAGUUGACUGCUUCUCAGAAGUACCAUUACUUAAAAUCCAUUGAAGUGCCGCAUCUGUGCAAGGUCUUGGGCGCUGGGUUCGAUUCGGAUACUUUUGCGGACCUUCUACGCACCGUUCAGGACUAUUAUGUACCAAAUAAGGAGCCAACCACGGCAGCCGUUCUCCUGGAGAUCAGCAAAAAUGAUGAGUUUACCAUUUUGGCAAUGCUAAUGUCAGCCGAGGAAAAGAAAAUGGUAUCGUCUAUUUUAAGCGCCAUCAAAAACUGGCCUGAUAAGAAUCCGGCUUUGCUGGAUAAACUACUGAAGGCCUACGAUGUAGCCUAAAAUGCAAAUGUUUAUAGUUUAAAUGUACUUAUGUUGCUUCAAAUUGUUAGCAUAAAAAACAACAUUACAAAUAUAAAGAGGAUGUGUAGAUAGGAUCCCCAACAUGUUACACAGAA